UCGGCCAGCAUUUUUCAGAAGCAACAAGUCGAGAACCAGCCUCUGCCAGGGUUCGGACUUUGGAAGUGAAGGUAAGACGAAACACUUGGUGGGGUGUAGCGCAGAGAGUGAUGAGGAUUACAUUUGACACAGAUGAGACGAACUCAGAGGUGAGGCGCUCAACAACGCCCAAAGAAGAAGUAGAAUGGGUUCCGCUUGAGAAACACCCAGUCUUCGUCGCUACGAAUAACUCUUUAGAUGACGAUUCCGGCGUUGCAUUUUCCAGAAAUCUGGUGGCCUGGGAUGGAUCCUCUCGCCUCUAUUUCUGGGAACCCAAGAUCAACUGUCUUCACCGUUUGUCUCUUCGGCUGGGCGAGCCUGAACCUACUUCUAUACUUGCUGCUUCCCCUUCUAAGGUAUUGCGAGCAGAUGUGGAGAUCAACUUGAUCCACAAAAUCUCUAUAAACAGGAAUGGAUCAGCAUUACUUCUUGUUGGGUCUGAAAGACUAUAUGUUAUGUAUCUGUAUGGACGUACAUCAAAAAAGGAUGUAAAUUUGAUUUGCAGGACUAUUAUGAUCGGUUCACAAACAUAUUCCAAGAGUGGCAAUGAUAUACGUGUGCUAAAAGCUUUAUGGCAUCCAUAUAGUGAUUGUCAUGUGGGAAUCCUCUCUUCUGAUUCAGUUUUCCGGCUUUUUAACUUGGCUUUGGAUCCUUUGCAACCUGAGCAAGAGUAUUAUUUGCAGCCUGUGGAUCCAGGCAGAUCCAGAAAUGCUUCAUCUUUGUGCCCUGCUGAUUUUUCUUUUGGGGGCGACCACUUAUGGGACAGGUUUAGUGUAUUUAUUUUGUUUGGUGAUGGAGCUAUUUACAUCCUUUGCCCAGUUGUUCCAUUUGGAAGUCUCUUUAAAUCAGAAGCUGUGUUAGAAAUAUAUAAUGAUGCUCAUAUGUUUGGGCUCAAAUCCGCAAACUCUAAAGCUGCUAGUAAUUCAAACUUGGCAAUCUCAUGGUUGGAAGCAACAUUCCCUGAGUUACAAAAUCAGGAGAAAGAAGAAAACAUGUCUGUGCUAAGAGCUCAUGCUUAUGCUCAAUUUGAUGUAUCUCUUAUCCUGCAGGGACCUCUUCGAAGAGUAGGUCAGGGUGGGGAUGAAGAUUCAGUUGGCCGUAGUGCAGAAUGUGAAGGCCGUGCAGUUAGUUUUCUUUAUGAUCUUGUCAGCAAAGACACAGUUUUGGUUACUUCUUGGAGUGGUGGGCAAUUACAGAUAGAUGCUCUGGCUGAUGAGAUCCAGCCUGUGUGGGGUGCUGGUAGUCCUCCAAGAAUUCGUGUUGAUUCCCAGGACCAUAUUCUUGGCCUUGCCAUGAUUUGUGAGUCAAUCGCCAGUGGCCUUCAUGAGAAGCUUGAUCAUACUGUCUGGCUAGGCAAUCCACCACCACUACUGAGACUGGCUAUUGUUGACUUGGCUCUGCCUCGGAGAGUGGAAAGUGGUUAUGAUAUUGCAUUGUUUGCGGAUCCUCUUAUGCCAGAAAGAAUAUAUUCCAUUCACGAUGGAGGGAUUGAUUCAAUAGUGUUGCAUUUCCUUCCAUUCACAAGCCAGGCAAGUGGCAAGGGUGAUACAAUGAGAACACCUUCUGUGCAUCCUGUUCUAAAUACAUGUCAGAGCGGGAGCACCUCAGCAUCUCCACUUUGUGGUUUUGCAUCUUUGUCUGAUUCCUUUGGAUAUUCCUGGAUUGUGGCGGUCACUCUUUCUCAAGAGUGCAUUGUGCUAGAGACAAAAACGUGGAACCUGUUGCUGCCACCAAAUGUUGAUAUGGAGAAAAAACUCAUUCACUUGGAGGAUGAACCUGAAGAGAGAGAGAUACCAACUAUCAUUAGUAAAGAAUUACUUAGUGGACCAAGGACGGUACUUGUUCCUCAGGCUUCUCCAAGUUUACGUUCUGUUUCACCUGAUUCAAUUGAAGGCAGAUCAGCAUUGCAUCAGUAUUUCAAGCUUUUUCAUGAAACAUAUGUGGAGUAUGCACAUAAGGUGUACUUGGAGCUCAAGCACCAUGCUCCUCAGUUGAAGAAAAUCAUUGAUGACCAACAUGCUCGUUCGGGUGACACACAGCAGAAGCUUUUGAAGGUUGCAGAGAAGCAGCCAUUAUUGGAGAAAAGAAUGGAUCGUGCACGUCAGAUGCAUAGUUCUUUGGAACAGCGCUUGCAACGAUUAAGACAGUUGCCUGAUGCUCACAAAAAACCAUUAUCUAAAGCUGAGCUACAGUUCAAGUCUGAACUUGACCACUUCAGGGAAGUUGAGUUGGGUGCUUUGCAUUCUUCUGUUGAUGCUCUAAGUGCUAGGCUGAGGAGGUACAUGCAAGCAUCCAAAGCCAAUAGCCAAGAAAAGCAAAUACCUGGGAGGAAGAGUUAUGUUGACAAGGGCCAGAUAUCGAUGCUCAGAUCAUCUCUUGAAAAACUUUCACUUUUAAAUAGUGAGAAUACGAAAAAGGUUAAGCUUGUUGAGUCUGCGUUGAGAACACGGGAAAGAAGCAGCAGGGAAUCAAAGCUUCGUAAACCUUGAUCGUCUUAUUUGUACACUUUUUGCAACAAGACUAAAGCGCUACAAAUGUGAUGUAAGGUCUUGUAAUUUGGAAUUUGUGGGGAUACUCUCACUGGCUUUGUCACGCCUCUCUCCUAACAAAACCUGCAAGAAAAAUGGAGAUUUGGAGCUACAGGUCACGUGAGCAUUGUUGCAUAUCUUGAGCCCCAACAUCCUUUUUGGGAAUAGCGGAGUGGAGAAAUGCCAUGGCUGAUGUAACCUUGCAUUGGGAACUGGGUGGCAUCUAUUUUUUUGAAUUGCAGUUUGCUACAGAAGCUUCACAGUAGCCAUCUAGGAGGCUAUAACCGACAGCAGUGAGGUUAAUCAGACUAGUGCAGGUAGGGUAUAUAAUGUAACUACAAACGAUUCUUGGACGGAGCAGAGCUUUAACCUUUUGGCAUGCGUGGUCUGGUAAUUAAAGUAAUAUUUCCACAA